AUGAAGUACACCAUUGCCUUCGGACUCCUCUCCGGCCUCGCCGCCGCCCAGUCGGCCACCACCUCCGCCGCAUCCUCCAGCUCAACCGGUCUGACCAGCCUCAUCGCCCAACUCCCCAGCUGCGCCGUCGGCUGCCUCAGCACCGCUGCCAGCGAUAUUGGCUGCUCCGCGACAGACUUCACCUGCUUGUGCGCCAGCCAGGACAAGCUCAUCUCCAGCUUGACGCCCUGCGUGCUCACUGCUGGCUGCUCCACAACAGAGAUCGCUGCGGCUGCAAAGAUCGCACCGUCAAUCUGCUCAGAAGUUGAGAGCAAGCCUGCCGCAUCCGACCUCGCAUCGGCAUCGAACCUCGUAACCGGCGCCCUCGGCACCGCGGCCGCUACCGCUAGCAGUGCCACAUCUGCCACCGCGACACCCGCCGCCGCCGCACGGCCGACGAACGCAUACUACGGCAUGCUCGGCGCCGUCGCUCUCGCUGCUGCUGCUUUGUAA